AUGGCGGAUUCAGGGCUUCCACCAGGCUGGGAAGUUCGGCAUUCCAACUCGAAGAAUUUACCCUAUUAUUUCAACCCUCAAACAAAGGAAUCUCGCUGGGAGCCUCCAGCGGAAACGGAUACCGAAAAACUGAAGGUGUACAUGGCCGCCUAUCACAGCUCUGCCCCAGAUCGUCAUGCGAAUUCUGGCCAGAAAGAUGGCCAGAUCCGGGCAAGCCAUCUACUCAUUAAACAUCGCGAUAGUCGCAGGCCGACCAGCUGGAGGGAGGCAAGCGUCACGCGUACUAAAGAAGAAGCGAUCGAGAUUUUGAAUGGCCAUUUAAGCCGUAUAAAAGCUGGAGAGGCCACUUUGGGCGACAUUGCUACCACGGAGUCGGAUUGUAGUAGCGCAAGGAAGAAGGGUGACUUGGGUUUCUUCGGCCGUGGUGUUAUGCAAAAAGAGUUUGAAGAUGCCUCAUUUGCCUUGAAGCCAGGGCAGAUAAGUGGAGUGGUGGAAACACAGUCCGGUGUGCACCUGAUUGAAAGAAUUGAAUAA